GCCCUUCAUUAUUUUUCCCCAAACUAGCCACGCCUUCUUUAUUUUGUCAACAAAGUUCUUGUACCAAACAUGGCUGGACUCAGUACAGGACAAGUUCCCCAGCUAUACAGGGAAGUAUUUGAUGCGGUGACAGUGAGCAAUAGCAGCAAGAUACCUAAGUCUUUAUGGCUGAAGGUGAUCUCCACUGCUAAUAUAACAGAGAGCUCUGCUACUGAGAUAUGGAAGAUGUGUGAUCCUGGUUUGACCAACAUGAUAGGACGGGAUCAAUUCUACAAGUCUUUGGCACUGACAGCUUUAGCACAACUAGGCAAACCUCUUGAGGACAAAGUGCUACUCAAUUAUACUGAUAAAGAGCUCCCCUCACCAUCUCUUGCCAGUGUCAAUGAGUUGAAGGACAUCAAAGCUCGUUUCGUUCGUGCGACUAAUCCCUCAGAGCUUGGCUACACGUAUGAGGAUCUCAAAGGUUUUGAUGAGAUAAAGGUCACACUGAUACCGGAAAAGAAAGGAGCUUUACUGAAGCACAAUGAGUAUACUGUUGAGAGCAAGAAAUUUGGUUCUUCUGUCUCGCGUCGCUAUAAAGAUUUUGAGGGUUUCCAUCAUAUCCUCUCUCAGCGGUUCCCCUUUCGACUGGUGCCUAAUCUACCACCAAAAGCAAUCUCUCAAAGCAGCGAAUUUAUUGAGCAAAGAAGAAGAGCACUCCGUCGUUACCUUUGCUUAAUCGCUCGUCAUCCAGUACUACUCCAAGAUGAAGUAGUAAGGUAUUUCUUUACGGCCAGUGGACAGGACGUGGGGGCAAGGAUCAAGGAAAAGUAUAAGGACAGUCCUGAUGAAGUUAUGUUCAACCCUUUAGCUCAGAACGCAAGAGAGCUGGUUACAGAUCAGACAAGGAUGAAAUACGAGAGGGUCAAAGAGCAGUUGAGCAUGAUGUUAAAGAUAAUGACGGCUUUCCUAAACAUUGGGGAAAACUUUGAAGGAAGGACACGAGCAUUUCAUGAAGACAUGAAAGCAUUUUCAAGAGAACUCCUUUCGUUAAGUAGUGAAUCAGUAUUGAGCACCCCAUGGACUUCAGGUAGUGACAAUACUUGGGGGAAGAUGCAGUCCGACUGUCGUCAGCUCUCUGAUCAGUUCAGCACACUCGGGGACAGGGCACUGACUCAGGCAGAGAAUGAAGCUAAAGGAUUUGCUGAAGGAGCUCACUUAUUCCUUGACCUCCUUAAAGCUUAUCAGGAUUUAUGCACACGACGAGAGAAACUAGUCCAUCGCAAGCACCAAAAGGCACUGGCUAAAGUUCAAACGAUGGAAAAGUAUAAGGGUCACUUGGAGGCUCAAGGAAAAGUAAUGUCGGAGAGGCAAGAUAGCAAGCAACAAAAAUAUGACGACGAGUUGAUUAUUGUUGAAAGACGAAACUUUUUUUCUUUGUUUUGUCUUGAUCUUGAGGCUCAGUUGAUUCACGUUAAUCUGUCACAGAUACCAGAUAUGUUAAAGGCAUUAGUCUCUAAUCAAAUGUCCAACCACCAAACAUUUUAUAAAUUGUGGGAAGAGAUCAAACCUACAGUAGACAUAAUGGGUGAAUCCACCGCACCAGUCUCUUCACUAGGUCCAACUAACUCUCUUCGUGGAGGCACCCGUUCGCUUGAGACAUCACCGACAUCAAAGUCAAGCGUACCUGAGGCAUCUCCUUUCUACUGAGAAGCAGUUAGCAUCACACACACACACACAUGUUGCAGACUUUGCUGCACAAUUAGCUCAGACACACUCGCUUUUUCAACGCUGUAAUUAUGAUUUUUAAAAACCUUUUCAAUCUCUGUCAGAUUGUGUAGACUUUAUAUUAGCCCUGCUGUUUAAAAAUUGUUGGCUUUUAUGAUUAUAGUUUUUGCAUUAUUACUAUUGUUAUCAUUAUUAUUAUUAUUAUUAUUAUUAUUAUUAUUAUUAUUAUUAUUAUUAUUAUUAUUAUUAUUACUUGUUGUUCUUUUGUUGUUGUUUUAAUUUAUGUCUCAUGAGAUACAAGAAAAUGUUGAUAAUUUUUGAUCUACUACUGUGGAUUAUUAUUAUUGUCAUCAUGAGAUUUAAUUAUUUCUGUAUUAAAACUAAAAGUUCUUGUCAAACAAAAAUAUCGAUACU